AUGCCGCUACACAUUGUAAAUAUUGGGAGCUCUUUUGCAGCGGGGCCGGGUAUCCCACCGCAAGUCGAACCUAUUGCCGCCCGCUCCGGCGAGAACUACGCGAAUAUUGUGGCCCAGAAGCUCAACGCAAAACUUACUGAUUUGAGUGUGUCGGGCGCGACCCUACUCAAUCUACUCGAGGAGCCACAGGUAAAACUCGGAAAGACCUUCGCGCCUCAGGUCAGCGAUAUACCGAUUGAUGCAGAUGUUGUCUUGGUGCUUGGCGGUGGCAACGACAUGGGCUACAUCGGAGGAUUAUUCGGAGACAGCUUCAAGGCAUAUGCGGCCAUUCGCAUAAUAUGGGGUAUCUACAAUUGGGCCUCGGGAAGCACCGAGCAAGAUGCCACUACUUUGAGCGUGGAUGAUUUGGUGGGACGAUACGGCAAAGUAUUAGAUGCUGCUCACAACAUGGCUCCCAAAGCCCAAGUAAUUGUUGUCGAAUAUCUCUCUCUCCUAGGCCCAGCCCUGCGACCAGGUAUCGAUGUCCCCUUCGACAGAAGUCGUGUCGAGAGACAUGAAGCAAAGGCGGCUCAAGUGCAAGAUGCAACAGCUAGAGCGAUCCAGGGUCGCGAGCAGUGGUGUGCUAGAGUUGCUGUUGCUGAUACUAGCAAGGGGCACGGCCUUGGGUCGAAAGAGCCUUGGGUGAAUGGAUUCGGAGUGAAGGAGUUGUAUACGAUGUGUGGAUAUCACCCCAACGCUGAGGGUAUGAAGGCAGUAGCGGAGAUGGUUCUUCGGAAGCUGGCAGAACUUGGCCUUGCGUGA